AUGAUAUUAGACGAAGAAAAAGUACCAACACAAUGGUGUACAUCAGACAUAAUUUUGCUCUUCAAAAAAGGAAACCCCUUGGACAUAGGGAAUUAUAGACCCAUAAGUCUGAUGGCAAGUAUAUACAAAUUAUUCUCAUUCGUAAUACUAAAGAGAAUAUCCGACGACAUAGACAAACAGCAACCAAAGGAACAAGCGGGAUUCAGAUCGGGAUAUAAUACAAUGGACCACAUACAGACAUUAGAACAGGUUAUAGAAAAGUACAGAGAAUACAAUAUACCUCUGUAUGUGGCCUUCAUUGACUACAACAAAGCUUUUGACUGUAUCAGUCACUAUUCAAUCUGGAACGCAUUACAACAAUUAAACAUUAAUUCGAAAUACAUCAAUAUCUUGAAAUAUAUUUAUAAAAAAGCACGAGCAGAAUAA